CACCGUCUAACGUCACGGCUAUUUCUAUAAAGACCUACAAGAUUGCGUGUACGCUAACGCUAGUUCUUAUUUUUUGUUAUUGACUUGCAAGAUUUCCCUUCACUCGUUUUUAGUUCAUUGCUAAUCUUCAUUUUUCAGAAUGCAGCAAGGCGAUAAUGCAAACGAAAGGCCACCUUCUGGUGCCCCACCACCGAAGAAGUUCAGGAACGCAAAUGGGGGCAACAACAGGAGAAAGCAGCCUAACUUCUCUGCGGAAAUAGUGUUCACCUCCAAGGCUGGCAAUGUCCUGACGAUCCCCUCAAUGUCAAAGCAACUGAAGGCCAUCACUGAGGAGACUGUCAUUGGUCUUCAGUAUGUGUGGGAGUACCGCAGCCCUAGUAAGUCAGUCCCGCCUCACUACCAGUGUAAACUCUGCCGGGUGAGUCGCCUACAGACCGACAUGCUGGCUCACAUCAAGGGGUGGAAGCACUCCUUCAGAUACAUGAAGCAGAACCAUCCUGACAAGGUGCCCUUUGAGGAGGAGGCCGCCACAAAAGACCACGAAGUGAGAAAGAAGGUCAAGGCGUCGGCCGCUGAGGUGGAGAAGGCUGAGGGCAGGGGACAGAUAAAGGUGAUUCUGAAGGAGCCCAGUGAGGUCCCUGCGUUUGAAGGACUACGUUCUGCAAUCCCCAAUAUGGUACCUCCAGGUGGGAUGGGUCCCAGAGGACCAAAACCAGGUUGCAGGUUUGUAGAUCCUCUGUUCCCGGGGGAGUUUCAUCCCCAAGGCAGCCCCCUUGACUUCCCGAUGGGUGGAAUGGGGGGCUUCCUUGACCCCCUGCCUCGCUCCACUCCCUCUGGCCCCUUCCAGGGAAGGGACAUGGGCUUCCGAGGCUACCCCGACAACAUGGAAGGCCCAAGAUUGGGGGGUUCAGCGGAUGGCUUUGGGCUGGGAGGAGGGAGGGACAGGGGCUUUGUCCAGGGAGGCCUGUUGGGUGAGGGCCCAGGAAAUCGCUACCCUGAGGAGUUCAGAGGAGGGCCGAUGGGUAAUGGGUCAGGCCAAGGGCUGAUGGGAGCAGCUCCAGAGAGCAGCACACUUCCCUCCACACUGCUGAAGUACCUGGACAAUUUUCGAAUUGAGAAUGAGAGCGAUGCUCAGAUAGUGCUGAAGGUGACACAGAAGCUGACAGACGUGCUGAUGGAGUACAGACUUCGUAGUGUUUCCACGCGGGGUCCUAGUAUGAACAGCAGUUUGUCAUUGGGCUCCAUGAACUACUCCGAUUCUCCCAGAAUGCCAAGUGCUAAUGACCGCUUCUCAGGAGGCGUUUCUGGAAACUUGUCUGGCCAUUCCAGAUACUCUGAUGGGCCAUCCAGAUACUGCAACUAACUGAAAUCUCCAAAUGUGACAUCCAUUAUCUUCCUGGGAUAACCUCUCUACCAUCUCUGCCUCAACCCAAGAUCUACCCCAAGAAUGGGCAACCUUUUGUAGGCCUACAGAUACACAAUCUCACUUUUGGAAAUGUAUCUUAAGAACUCUCGGCUUUGUUCUUGGUAGUUACUCAUUUAGCCCAAGUCAGCCUAAAAAGAAGUUACAACUAGUCUCAUGUGGGUUAUCUUCUAGUAAGCAUGGUGUCAUUACAAUGGCCCUGAAUUAUAUAUAUAUUUUGGAUUGAACUAGUCAUUCGCUUGUGUCCUGCCACUAAACAUGGGAUGGGAACAGGUGCUCUGUGGGGUGUUUUUAUUUUUAUUUUUUUUAUUUUUUUUGCGCACUCAUGUCCAUCAAAGCAAAAGUUAUACAAUAGUGUACUUAUUAGUGCAGGCUUUUACUGUUCUUUUGAAAUUAAUAGGUUGGACCAAAGUUGACAUUCAUUUUUGAUUGACAUUCAUAUGUGAUUUGACAAAGAUUUUACUGGGGGUUUGUAGAUAUGUCAUUUGUUUUCAGAAUUCAGUGCUGGAGAAAUGUCAAAUGUUUCUGAGAAUUGCUUAUCCUGUUUAUUCCUCGAAGAUGUUUGUAGAUCAAUGGGUAACUGAAGUACUGAUUGCUGUUUGACUGCUUGUCAUCCCUGUUUUCUACUUAACCGGUCUGAAUAAAAGGUUUCUGGGAUGUCUUUUACAGGUGAAA